AUAUGUAUAUAAAAAAUUAGGAGCAAGAUAAUAGGCAUUGUUUGGUCAAAAUAAGCAAUAAGCAUUAUUUUUAUUGGAUUACACUAAUGGAAGAAGAAAGCACUUCGCACGCCACCGUAGAGUCCAACGCCAGUGACCGCAUCAAGCUCAACGUUGGCGGUAAGCUCUUCGAGACAACGCUUUCUACUAUCCGCUCCGACGGUCCAGACUCCCUUCUUUACGAUCUUUCCAACCGCUCUUCCAACGACCCGAACCCGGUUUUCAUAGACCGCGACCCAGAGAUCUUCUCUGUUCUCCUCUCUCUCCUCCGCACUAACCACCUCCCUUCCACCGCCCUCCGCUUCUCCAAGCAAGAACUCGCCGACGAAGCCAACUUCUACGGCAUUGACUCCCACCUCCGGGCCGCCACUUCUCCACCGCCCUUCUCUGGCAUCGACGCCUCCAUUGUCGGAACCGUUCGUCCCGCGUCAGAAGGCUUCCCUUCCACUUUCACCGCCGCCGACAACGGUUCCGUUUGGAUCGCUCACGGUGGUCAACUCUCAAGCUACGACUGGAACCUAAUCCACUCCGCAACGGUUCGCACUCACCUCGACGAGAUCAAAUCGAUUUGCAGAGUCUGGCCAGAGAUCGCGGCUGUCGGAACUUCUUCCGAUGCCGGUUUACACUUCUACAACUUCUCCGGUAGCCGCCACGUAGGUUCAGUCCAUUGGAGCGAUCCGACGGAUCCGCGAAUCUUCAAAGCGCGUGUCAACGCUAUAACCGCAUCAGAGAAUUCCGUUUUCGCCUCAUUUGAUUGUUCUCACAGGGAGAAUUGCAUCCUCGAGGUUGAUAAGGCUAAGAUCCAGAUCGUGUCGCAAUUAGGUCGACAAUCGGGGAACCAGGCAAAGCACAUGGUUCCCAUGAAAUUGACGUGGAUACAGACCACCGGAGUGCUUGUAGGGAGCGCGGUCACCGGAGGAGCCUUUGGUUACUCCGGAUACAUUCGGUUGUGGGACCCUAGGUCCGGGGAGGUGGUUUGGGAAACACACGAACCCGGUGCGUCAGGUAGGAGCAGUAGGUUUGGGGAUUCCUUUUCCGCUAUAGAGGUUGAUGUUGAGAAGUUGUUACUAUUUAAGCUAUGCUCGAAGUCCGGGGAUUUAGCUAUGGCAGAUAUGCGUCGUUUGGGCGAUGAUCCUUGGGUUUAUUUGAAGGAGAAGAACCCUAGUUUAUGGACAGAUGGUGGUGAUGGGAGUAUUAGUAGUGUGGUGCAUUGUUACAAGGAGCAAGUUUUUGUUGGGAGAGGUGGAGAGUUGGAGGUUUGGUCUAGGGUGCAAGAGGUGAUAGAAUGCGAGAGUGAGAGGGAGAGGGAGAGUGACGGCGAAGGAGUUUAUAGGAGGAAUUUUGUUGAUAAGAGAGAGGACUCAGGGAAAGGAGUGAUCAAGAAGAUUGAAGGUGGUGGGGAUAGGUUGUUUAUUAGCAGAGAAGAUGUUGAAGGUAUUGAAGUAUGGGAGAGUUCCCAUUCUGCUGGAGCCAUUUCUGUUUUGUGACCAAUUGGGAUAGGAUUUGAUAGGUAGGGCUGGGUUUGGUUACCUUGUUGUAAGGUUCUUCUUCCUCCAUGAAAACUAUGGAGUUGCCUCUCUGGUGGAAGCCUCAGCUUGAGCUCUCCUCGAUUCAAUGUUUUACUGGCUACUUCCAGAAUUUGGAGCACCAUUUGCUUUGGGUCCUAUAAUCUCCAACUUCAGGUAGAAGUCUUGAUAAAUAUUGGUGAAGUCUUUUGGCACUCGGGCUUUCAGGUAUAGAUUUCGUGAGGCUUCUCAAUUGUGUGCAGCUUAGGAAUAACACCCUUCAGAUGCCCCUAUUCUUGGAGUUAAACUUGGAUCUGGCAAUAGUAGUUGUUGAACCUGGUUGCAUUUCCCUUCGAGAGAAUUUCUCACUUGACUAUGAAAAAAUUCUUAUCAAAUUAUCAAUACUACACUCCUUGAAGUAACUGCCUUGUCCUUAAGGCAGAGAUCAGCAAGUUUCACUUUCUUGUUGCUGGCACUGCCUCGAGAAUCAUAGAUUCAGGCCGUGGUACAUCUAUUUGAGGAGGCCAAGUUUCUGCCAUAUUACCCUCCAAUGCACAUAUAGAUGAAACAAAUUGAAAGGGAAGGGCAACUUGAUAUUUUGUUCUACUAGAUACUGAGCUUUCUUAUUGGUAUUGACUUGAUAUAAAUCCAAUCUUUUUGAAGUCA